ACCCACUAACCUCUUCCAACGACGACUUGCCUUUGCCUACCAUUUGGACUUUAAGUAGUAAGUGAGAGAGAGAGAGAGAGACAUGCAUCUUUUAUUGGAGAAAUUCACCACCGUAUUACAAUUAAUCAACACCUUACCAUACCCACUUCGAUCGUUUUCAAACCUUGUUUGUGCCAAAGAACGAAUUAAUAUCUACCCAUGACACCUUCAACCGAAACAAAAACAAUGACAAAGAGAGGAAGCCAUGAUGGUGAUUCAGGAAUGGCCAACCGUAACCGUAAGAGGCAGUUCUUGUUAUGGGUCUUAGCUGCGGUUAUCAUCAUAGCUCUUUGGUCCAUGUUUGCUGGCUCCAUCACCCUCAAAUGGUCUGCAACCAACAACGAUCCCUUUGAUUCUACUAUUCUCGAUGUGCUGGAGGUGGAGGAGAGAGAGAAGGUGGUGAGGCACAUGUGGGAUGUGUACAGUCGCACUCAUACAAAACUACCCAAGUUUUGGUGGGAAGCUUUUGAAGCUGCUUACGAGCAGUUGGUGAGUGAUGUUCCUACUGUCCGAGACGCUGCCGUUUCAGAAAUUGCCAAGAUGUCUCUGCACUCUCUUCCUCUUCAAUCACACUUGAGCAUCACGGGAUCAAGAAAAAUUAAGCAAGCAAAGAAUAGGACAGUGACCAAUAACUAGAGCCCUUCAUUUUGCAUAUGAAGAGGAAGUAUUACAAAAUAAUCCCUUUUAAAGGACCCAAACCAAUUAUAAAUAUCUUUAUAUGUUUUAGGUCAGGAUUGAAAUCAAAGUAUUUGCGUAAAUUUUGUCAUUGUAAGCAAAGCUUUUGAUCAUAUUUUUGUAUACAUUGCAAUUGUGUUGCCAUGAGAUCUAAAAUUCCUUACGCUUACUCGUCACACAUAUAUACCCCCCAUGACAGCCGAAGAGCAAUUUAGCUAUCACAAAUAAAUAUAUC